UACAUGUGGGGCGUCAUUGGCCCACGGGAUUCCCAGCAGCCAAUCGGCGCGCUCCCCCGCCCGAUUCUAUCAGGGGUUGGCUGUGACGUAGAGGCAGCGCUCGCCUUCUGAUUGGCUGGAUCCGCUGUGAGUGACGGGCAGCUGGCCGGCGCGUGUAGGUUAGGGUUCCAGGGGUUUGGGAGCGCGGGUGCUGUCCGCACGAGAGCAGGUCCUGAAACGCGGCGUGCGCCACCGUGGACGCUGGGCGCAGGCAGUUUUUCUCAGUGUAGUUAAAGAAGCCUGUUUAUAGGCUACAUAUUUGCACCUCAGUCUCUGACGUUUUCUGGCGUGAGCGCGGAGAAAACUACCUUUUGAAUUUGGACAGGACUGUUUGCUUUUUUCAGCGCGAAGAAAUGCGUCUCCAAACUCAUAAACCGGGAGUCCAGUAGCGUUCGUGCAGCGAGUCCUGGUCAACACAGAGGGGGGAAGAGACAGAGUGACCAAGAGCUGCCUUUCCUUCAUACUCACAGGAUAACAACUCUCACGUCAGCCUCAGCAGCUUUUACACACAGCAGAGUUUUUGUUAAUUUCCCUGCUGCGCAAUUUUCUUUAUUUUUCUUUUCUUUUGGCACGGUGGAUAUGAGACUUCAAAAUGUGAGCACUCAUCCGCUCUCACUCGUUCUAUUGAUGGGAGAUUACCAAGUGUUAAUGUGAGAGCAACUGCCGAGGACGAUUUGUGACCAGAAGAAAAUGUGCAGCAAAUAACUUGGAAGAAAAAUAACCGUGGAUCUGUAAAGAAUAUUUUUUAAAUUUUUCGAACUGGGUUUUUUUCCUUUAUUAUUAUUUUUUUUAUUUUUAAAAAUUUGAACAGACUGAAAGGAGAAAGUUCAGCCCCCCCAAUCGGCUAAAUCGCAGUUCAGGGGUCACGGACCGAGAAGGAGAGAAAAGGGGGGGAGGCUACUUUGUUUGCUCUCCAUAUUUUUCAUUUCAUUUUUUUUUUUUUUGCAGAAGUUUGACUCUUUUUUUCUCUCCUUGGACUGAGGCGACUCGCUGUAGACCAGCAGUUGAGGGAAUGAGCGCUACUGCUGUCUUUACCCUCCUCUGGUUUUGGAGACGCCAGAACAGACCCGGUGUGGUGUCCCGUCCCCAUGAGGAGGGAGCCCGUCUCUGAGUCAUAUUUUUGACGCCAUUUCUUUCUUCCCGUCCACCUGAAAAUCUCCCAGUUUCCCUAUUUUUAAUGUGUUUUUAUUAGUUCGACUUGUGUAACGCUGUCAACUAAUUAACAAUCUUUUUUUAAGAUAUUAUUUAAGCAAAUUAAAAUCCUCUCAUUAAAGGGGACUUGCACCCCUUUCCAUUUACUGGAGGUCACUUUGUGUCAGUAAAGUGGCCGACUGAAGCGGGGCGUCCGGUGGCAUUUUUGAGACCCCUCACACCGUACCGGGGCCCUGCAGCCCCUCCACCUUAACGAUGGAGAUUCACUGUAAGCACGACCCGUUUGCGGCUAUGCACAGACAUGGAGGAGUGAACCAGCUCGGAGGUGUGUUUGUAAACGGCAGGCCCCUCCCAGAUGUGGUGCGACAGCGAAUAGUGGAGCUCGCCCACCAAGGGGUUCGGCCCUGCGACAUCUCACGCCAGCUACGAGUCAGCCACGGAUGUGUCAGCAAGAUACUGGGCAGGUACUAUGAAACGGGCAGUAUCCGCCCCGGGGUAAUCGGGGGAUCCAAACCAAAGGUUGCUACUCCCAAAGUGGUCGACAAGAUCGCCGAUUACAAACGCCAAAACCCCACCAUGUUUGCCUGGGAGAUCCGGGACAGGCUCCUGGCCGAGAGAGUGUGUGACAACGACAGCGUCCCAAGUGUCAGCUCCAUCAACAGGAUCAUUCGGACAAAGGUUCAGCAGCCGCCCGGCCAAACGGGCUCAGUGUCGGCUCACAACUUAGCGACAUCCGUAGCGGCCACACAAGUGUCAGCAGUGACCAGCGACUCAGCCGGCUCCUCGUACUCCAUCAGUGGCAUUCUGGGUAUCAGCUCAGCUGCGGACGUGGGCAAGAGGAAGAGGGACGAAGGUUUGCAGGAGUCACCACUGGCCAACGGGCACGGCCACAGUGGGCGGGACUUCCUCAGGAAGCAGAUGAGAGGGGAGCUGUUCUCGCCACAGCAGAUCGAGACGUCAGAUUAUUCGGCCAUGGCCUCGCUAGCUGGUGGGCUGGACGAGAUGAAGAACAGUUUGGCCAAUCCUGGUACAGGGGCGGAGUUAGGAGCCAGCGUGUCAGGUCCACAGUCCUAUUCACUCGUUCCAGGUCGAGACCUAGCCAGCACCACUCUGCCAGGCUACCCUCCUCAUGUCCCUCCUACUGGACAGGGCAGCUACUCCACCCCCUCGCUCACUGGCAUGGUACCUGGGGGAGAUUUUUCCGGAAGUCCUUAUUCCCAUCCCCAGUAUUCCACAUACAACGAAUCGUGGAGAUUUCCUAACCCCAGCUUAUUAGUGUUUCAGCAGGAUUAUGGGUCUCUCCUGGGGACGGAAAUCGGCUGCUCCUCCAGUCUCUUCACCAGCCAGGCAGGACAGAUGCAAGGGUCACCAUACUACUACAGUGCAACAUCACGGGGGGCGGGCCCUGCUGCCACUGCAACAGCCUCCGCCUACGACCGCCACUGACCCCUCCUACUGAGAGAAGAGGAGGAUGAGGAGAAGGAGACGAGGGAGGGACGAGGGAAUGGAUAGCACCAGCACUGCUCAGUACAAACCUGCCUACGCAUGGACGACAAUGAGGAUGAAGAUUUCAAAUUUUUGACGUCAGUGAAGUUUGAGUUUUCUUUGACUGACACUUAAGCCAACAAACGCACUGCUGGGCUGCAACUCAAACUGACUGUAUGGGUAUUACAUUACUGUGAGGACGCAGGCAUGGCAGUGUCAGUGUAGGACUGGUCACAAGCAAGUGAAUUGGACCCUCCCAUAAUAUAUCAAGGCUUGGUAUCCUUAUUUUAUUUUUAACUAAUCAUCUACAAAUCCAAGAAGUCACUAAACUAAGUAAGAAGCAGGGACUGAAACUCUGAUGUGAUCUUCUGGAUAGACUGUUGUGUUUUCAGGUUGGGAAUAUCUUUGACGAAAUUAUUUAAGAGGAUUAGAGCAAAAUCACUUUUUCAAACUGUCUUUUUACGCCCAAACAUCAAUCAAUCAAUUUUCUAUGCCAUGCUACGGUGAAGUAAAGACAAUCCAAUUCUCAUAACUUUGAAUGACCAAAAUCACCCAUAUCACCAUCACUCUAGUCUCUUUACUGUAGAUUCAACACAUUUCCCCUGAGAUCACAAUGCUUGAUAAAUGGGAUACCAUAUUUUUUAAUGGGAGUGUUCAGUUUCACAAUUGACUGUUUGCCAAGUCCCGCCCCAAUUAAUCACCAUUGCUAUGACUGUCAAUCUUUCUGAUUUUGCAUGGCACACAUGACACUUAUAGUGAUACUAGUAGCAGAUUUACCAGAAAAACUGUAGGAGAUUUUCAAACAAUGGAUCCUUUCAGACAGAAGUCAAAUUUUUUGCCAACAACCAUCUUUUUUGCUGAAUAUCUACAAAUCUGGCCUAUAGUUUAAUCAACCAUUACACCUUUGCUCUUUUGCAUUUGGUUUUGAAAAAGAUUCCGCUAUCUGUAACUGUCAACCAUCAUUCUUACUAUAGCCCCAUGCACACUGCUUCACAGUGCUAAGAAACCCAAAGCUUGACAGGCUUGCCAUGCAGGGUGAGCUUUAGCAAACACUCAAUUUCAAUGGUUGUAGUCAGAUCCCAGAGUGUAUCACAGAACAUCUAAGGCUUAAUUUCCACUGAAUGGUUUGGCAUGGCUCUACUCAACAUGACUCAUUUUUAAUUUAGUUUUUCCAUUAGCAAAAGUUGUGGAUAGUACCUGGUGCCUUUUUCGGUACCACCUCAGUCAAGGUUCCAGGCUAGCUGAGCUGAUAAUAGAUGGUGGAGUUUGAACACUGCAGACCACUGAUCUUCACUCAGUUUUUAAAAAUGUCAGCCCCCAAACUAUGCUGUACACUAUGCCAUAAAGUGUCGAUGUUCCUUUUUUUGAUUGUCAAUGAAAGGAUUCAGUGAGCAUCCCGUUAUGCUUGGUCUCACAGCACAUUCAUGUGGUGGUGCUAUGGCAAUCAACUGAGAAUGCCACCUACACUGAGGGGGUACUAGUCUGACUCCCUGGAUGUAGGCUGUGACUAUAAGCCUGCCAUUGGCCAGCCAAUUAGAUCAGCAUUCCCUCUGCUAAACAACAACCUCUGAAGUAGUACCCUACAGGGUGAAAUUGGCAUUUUUUUGAUGAAGAAUUGGAUCAUCCAGUAUGGCUUUGUUCUUCCAAUGACUUGUUGUUAAGAUCUAUAACAAAUAAAACUACUUGUUAACUCCUCUUUGAAAAAGCCCAGACUCCAUCUUAUAGGACUCUCAUGGGGAACUGCCCAUUGGUUCGACCAUAUUAAACCCAUUGUUCCGAAGUCUGUUCCGAAAUCAUC